AUGGAUCGGCACCGGCCGCGGCUGCACCCCCCGAAGCAGGGCUCCGCCGCCGGGGCCCCCUAUCCCGCCUCCGCCGCGCUUCGCGGCUGCCGGGAAAGCAAGAUGCCGCGCAGGAAGGGCCCCCAGCACCCUCCGCCCCGCGCAGCUGAGGAGCCUGGAGAGAAACGCCCCAAGUUUCUGGACAAAUUUGCCAGCAUAAGAAUUCCAGGGAGCAAGAAAGAGAGACCUCCACUUUCCAACCUGAAGACUGCGUUUGCAAGCAAUGAUUGCUCUUCGGAGGUGAUGGAAAACAUUCCAAAGCCACUGUCACAGAAUGAAGUCUUAGAACUUUUCGAAAAGAUGAUGGAAGAUAUGAAUUUAAAUGAAGACAAGAAGGCACCAUUGCGGGAAAAGGACUUCAGCAUCAAAAAAGAAAUGGUGUUGCAGUACAUUAAUACUGCUUCCAAGACAGGAAGUCUUAAGAGUAGGCGACAGAUCUCACCUCAGGAAUUCAUCCAUGAACUGAAAAUGGGGUGUGCAGAUGAGAGACUUGUCACAUGUCUGGAGUCCCUCCGCGUGUCUUUGACUAGUAAUCCUGUGAGUUGGGUGGAGAGCUUUGGACGCGAGGGGCUUGGACUAUUACUGGACAUUUUGGAAAGACUGAUUAGUGGCAAAAUACAAGAAAAAAUUGUAAAGAAGAAUCAGCAUAAAGUCAUACAGUGUUUAAAGGCUUUGAUGAAUACACAGUAUGGCUUGGAAAGAAUUAUGAGUGAAGAGAGGAGUCUUUCUUUAUUAGCCAAAGCCAUCGAUCCCGAGCACCCAAGUAUGAUGACAGAUGUGGUGAAACUCCUGUCUGCGGUGUGCAUUGUAGGAGAAGAAAGCAUCCUUGAAGAGGUUUUAGAAGCUUUAACAUCAGCUGGAGAAGAAAGAAAAAUUGACAGAUUUUCACCUAUUGUGGAAGGUCUCCAGCACGAUUCAGUUCAAUUGCAAGUAGCGUGUAUGCAGCUCAUCAAUGCCCUUGUUACAUCUCCUGAUGAUUUGGACUUCAGGCUCCACAUCAGAAAUGAAUUUAUGCGUUGUGGAUUGAAAGAGAUCUUGCCAAACUUAAAAUGUAUGAAGAACGAUGGCCUGGAUAUCCAACUUAAAGUGUUUGAUGAGCAUAAGGAAGAAGAUUUGCUUGAGUUCUCCCAUCGCCUUGAAGAUAUUAAAGCUGAACUUGAUGAAGCAUAUGAUAUUUACAACAUGGUGUGGAACUCAGUUAAGGAAACUAGAGCGGAGGGAUAUUUCAUUUCUAUUCUUCAGCAUCUUUUGCUGAUUCGAAAUGAUUAUUUUAUAAGGCAACAAUACUUCAAAUUAAUUGAUGAGUGUGUAUCUCAGAUUGUAUUGCAUAGAGAUGGGAUGGAUCCAGACUUCACAUAUCGAAAAAGACUAGAUUUAGAUUUAAGUCACUUUGUUGAUACUUGCAUAGAUCAAGCUAAACUGGAAGAGUUUGAAGAGAAAGCAUCGGAACUUUACAAGAAAUUUGAAAAAGAGUUUACCGACCACCAAGAAACUCAGGCCCAACUGCAGAAAAAGGAAGCAAAGAUUAAUGAACUUCAAGCAGAGUUACAAGCUUUUAAGUCACAGUUUGGUGCCUUGCCAGCUGGUACGAAUAACGCUUUGCCGCUGUCCAGAGAAAAUGGAACUGGCCCCCCAGCACUGGCUCCUCCCCUGCCGCUGCCCUCCUGCGGAGGCGGGCCGCCUCCACCCCCUCCCCCACCCCCCCCCCCCCCUCCCCCUCCUCCACUUCCAGGAAUGCCAAUGCCCUUUGGUGGUCCUGUGCCCCCACCACCUCCCCUGGGAUUUCUCAGCGGGCGAAACUCUCCUCCUCCACCAACCCUACCAUUUGGGUUAAAACCAAAGAAAGAAUUUAAACCUGAAACCAGCAUGAGGAGAUUGAAUUGGUUAAAGAUCAGACCUCAUGAAAUGACUGAAAACUGUUUCUGGAUAAAAGCAAAUGAAAAUAAGUAUGAAAAUGUGGAUUUGCUUUGUAAACUUGAGAAUACAUUUUGUUGCCAACAAAAAGAGAGAAGAGAAGAGGAAGAUUUUGAAGAGAAGAAAGCUAUUAAGAAAAAAAUUAAAGAGCUUAAAUUUUUAGAUUCUAAAAUUGCCCAGAACCUUUCAAUCUUCCUGAGCUCUUUUCGGGUGCCAUAUGAGGAAAUCAAAAUGAUGAUACUGGAAGUGGAUGAAACACAGUUGGCAGAGUCUAUGAUUCAGAACCUAAUAAAGCAUCUUCCUGAUCAAGAACAACUAAGUUCAUUGUCUCAGUUCAAGAGUGACUAUAACAACCUAUGUGAACCUGAGCAGUUUGCUGUUGUGAUGAGCAAUGUGAAGAGACUACGGCCACGGCUCAGUGCUAUUCUCUUUAAGCUGCAGUUUGAAGAGCAGGUGAACAACAUCAAACCUGACAUCAUGGCUGUCAGUACUGCCUGCGAGGAGAUAAAGCAGAGCAAAAGCUUCCGCAAGUUGCUGGAACUUGUGUUGCUAAUGGGAAACUACAUGAACGCGGGCUCCCGGAAUGCUCAAACCUUCGGAUUUAACCUUAGCUCUCUCUGUAAAACUACAAUGGAUUACAAAUACUGUGGUCAGUGGAACGAACUUAUAGCCGUAGAGAUGAGAGAAGAAGGCUUUGUGGAAGAGGAAGAAUCGAAGGAAGCUUUGAAUGAUAGCUUUGUUAUCAGUGCAAAAGAACAAUACGAGAAACUUUUUAAGUUACAUGAAAGUAUGGAGAAGUCAUACCAGAGUAUGAUGGGAUACUACACCAUUGAUGUGAAGAAGAUGUCUGUGGAAGACUUUUUAAAUGACUUGAAUAACUUCAGAACCACAUUCAUGCAAGCAAGAAAGGAGAAUGUCAAAAAAAGAGAAGCAGAGGAAAGGGAAAAACGUGCCCAAAUAGCCAAAGAAUUGGCAGAGAAGGAAAGGCUUGAACGCCAACAAAAGAAAAAGCGCUUAUUAGAAAUGAAGACUGAGGGUGAUGAGACAGGAGUGAUGGAUAGUCUGCUGGAGGCUUUGCAGUCGGGGGCUGCCUUCCGCGACAGAAGAAAAAGGACACCAAAACCAAAAGAUAUUCGGCAAAGUCUCAGUCCCAUGUCUCAGAGGCCUGUUCUGAAAGUUUGUAACCAUGCCCUUCCCUCACUUGGCCAUCAAAUCAAAUGCCUUCCAGACUCUGAAACCUUUAGAAAUCUGUAUUCUGCUCAAAAUCAACAGAGAAUUGCCUGCUGCAUUUUGGAAGCCGCUGCUUCAGCUGUUGGCUCCAGAACCUUGCUGCCGCUCCGACAGGAAGUCCCUGUGUGUGAUCAGGGAGCAGCCAUCAUUCCCGCAAGCUGCAGAAGUGACCAGCGCGUGUUACUGUCUACGCCAGCAGAACACAUAGCCAUCUUCCUGCCUUGCAGCACCCACAAAGCUACUUCUAAUCUCAAGCCUGCCUCUUGGUCCAUUUUGGCUACUGGAAUGCCAUCUGUCAUGUCUGUAUUCCAGGGAGGGGAAAAAAGCCAACAAGAGCCAAAUGGCAUGGCUUGGUAA